UUCUCUUUCUCUGAAAGAAGAAGUUGAGGCGUCGAGUAUUGCAUGUUUUAGCCAUUAAGAGCAUUCACGUUAGUGAGCGUGCGGCCGGUUCUUCACGUUUGGGCUUCGCACCGCGCGCGCGCGCGCGCUCAGUGGAAGGCUCUGGUAGAGAGGAAGUCGUCAAAAAGCGUCCGGCGUAGCUCGGUGUCUGGUGAGCUCACGACGUGUUUCUUCGAACUCGGUCCCUCUCCAGCUUCAUGAUGACCGGCGACUAUCGCGCUCCACAUGUUGGGCUGUUGAGGGUUUACCCUGCCUCCUGCCGAAGGAUACCUGGGAUAGGCUCCAAGCGCUCACGUGACUCUUGAAAAUGACACGUCACCAAUAUACCUCCUGGCUUCCCAAAUGUGGCCAGAACUACGUAGUACUAGUGUGUGUGUGCGUUUGUGUGUGUGUGUGUGUGUGUGUGUGUGUGUGUGGGUGUGCGUGUGUGCCCCUGAAUGCACCACUGACCACCAUCACAGAUUUGACUCCCUCUUCUGCCCCCAUCAACUUCGAACAACAAAAGAUCAACCACAGCGGAGGACUCAGACCUUGUGUUCCCAUCCUGCCACAAAGUCUCUGUGGACCAACUCAUUCCAGUCUUCAUACAAAUCUUCAAUUUAUCUGUGGAAAUGUGUAAAGUUCCAUUCUGUUUUCAAUGCUCCACCAUCGUCCCAGUCUCCAAGAAACCUCCAAUCUCAGGUGGUGCAGUUGGCCCAGUGUCUCGAUUUUACGGAGCCCGAGCCAUUUCCAGUUAUCGCUCUUCUUCUACUGGUUGGAUCAGAACCCAUCUACAGCAAUGUCAAAGAAAAGAAAAGUCAACAGUGAGUGCCAGGCAAAAGACCAGCAUCUGUGGGAUUUGAUGUUGCCUUAUGAUAGGUUCAACUGAAGAUGGAAACACUGGAGUCUGAGCUGACCUGCCCAAUCUGUCUGGAGUUGUUUGAAGAUCCUCUGCUCUUACCUUGUGCCCACAGCCUGUGCUUCAACUGCGCCCACCGCAUCCUGGUGUCACACUGCUCGUCCAGCAAGCCUCUUGAGUCUGUUUCGGCCUUUCAGUGCCCCACCUGUCGUUACGUCAUCACGCUGAAUCACCGCGGGCUGGAGAGCCUUAAGCGCAAUGUGACGCUGCAGAACAUUAUAGACCGCUUUCAAAAGGCCUCCCUUAGCGGCCCUAAUUCGCCUACUGAGAGCCGGCGCCUGCAGCGGCCCUACACCGCCACCAUUAGUGGCACAAUAUCCGGAACAAUUGGCAGCGGUGGUGGCGGUGGGACAAGUGGAAGCAGCGCCCGGAGCAGUCCGGCCACUUCCAGCCACCCCCACCCCCACCCGCACGCCAAUCACACCAAUCACAUCAACCACACAAACGCCAACCACAGCCCGGCUUUUGUGGCUAAAAUGGAUCUGCGCAUCUGCUGCCAGUUCUGCGAGCAGGAUCCACCUCGCGAGGCCGUCAAGACGUGCAUCACGUGCGAGGUGUCAUACUGUGACCGUUGUCUCCGAGCAACGCACCCCAACAAGAAGCCCUUCACCAGUCACCGCUUAGUGGAUCCUAUGCCGGACACGCACCUUCGUGGCCUGACAUGCCUCGACCAUGAGAACGAGAAGGUCAACAUGUACUGCCUAGUUGAUGACCAGCUCAUUUGUGCCCUCUGCAAACUGGUAGGGCGGCACCGUGAGCACCAGGUGUCCUCACUCACUGAACGCUUUGACAAGCUCAAAGCUUAUCAGGUGAGCCCGGGCAGAGUGUCAGAUCCAGUAAUGGAGGCUUCAAAGACAAGCGCUGCGCAAACCUUGGAGAACAACUUGACCAACCUAGUGAAGAGAAACAGUGAACUGGAGAACCAAAUGGCCAAACUCAUCCAGAUCUGUCAACAGGUUGAGGUGAACACCGCCAUGCACGAAGCCAAGCUGGUGGAGGAGUGUGACGAGCUGGUGGAGAUAAUUCGCCAAAGAAAGCAGGUCAUUGCAGUAAAAAUCAAGGAGUCCAAGGUAAUGAAGCUGCGUAAGUUGGCCCAACAGAUUGCUAACUGUCGUCAGUGUCUGGAGCGGUCCAGUGCCCUCAUCACGCAGGCCGAGCAGAGCCUUAAGGAAAACGAUCAUGCCCGAUUCCUUCAAACUGCCCGAAAUGUAGCGGAAAGAGUUGCCAUGGCAACAGCCUCCUCCCAAGUACUUAUCCCUGAUGUCAAUCUGAAUGAAGCUUUCGACAACUUUGCCCUCGACUUUUCUAGAGAGAAGAAGAUUCUGGAAGGCCUUGAUUACCUAACAGCACCCAGCCCACCAUCCAUCAGAGACGAGCUGUGCACAGCGUCACAUGACACCAUCACUGUUCACUGGACAUCAGAGGACGAGUUCAGCGUCACUUCGUAUGAGCUGCAAUACACUAUAUACACUGGCCAGACUAAUUUCAUCAGUUUGUACAACUCUGCCGACAGCUGGAUGAUUGUGCCCAACAUCAAGCAAAACCACUACACGGUGCACGGCCUGCAGAGUGGCACACGCUACGUUUUCUUCGUCAAGGCUAUCAACCAGGCCGGAAGUCGAAACAGCGACCCGGCCCGCCUCAAAACCAACAGUCAGCCAUUCAAACUGGAUCCCAAAACGGCGCACAAGAAGCUCCGUCUCUCCAACGACUGCCUCACCAUGGAGAAGGACGAGAGCUCUCUGAAGAAAAGUCACACACCGGAACGCUUCGGUGGAACAGGCUCCUACGGGGCUGCCGCUAAUGUGUUCAUUGACAGCGGGUGUCACUAUUGGGAGGUGCUGCUGGGAGCAUCCACAUGGUAUGCCAUUGGCGUAUCUUACAAAUCAGCCCCUAAAAAUGAAUGGAGUGGCAAAAACUCAUCAUCGUGGGUGUUCUCCCGCUGCAACAACAACUUUAUGGUGCGCCACGAUGGGAAGGACAUGCUGGUGGAGGCCAGCCUGCAGCUGAGGCGUCUCGGCGUUCUGCUGGACUACGACAACAAUUCGCUGUCCUUCUACGAUGCCAUGAACUCUCAUCACAUUCACACCUUUGAAAUCUCGUUCCUCCUGCCGGUCGUACCCACCUUCAUGAUCUGGAACAAGUCGGUCAUGAUCCUCUCAGGGCUUCCCGUGCCAGAUUUUGUGGAGGGUUUGGCCCUGGAUCACCCGGAGCAACAGCAGCAGAUGGGCCUGUGCCGACAAGAGUCGCCCUAUUUGACCGGAAUGAAGACCUGCCACUAGGAGAGUCCAGUUCUUCCCAGCAAUGGACUGAACCAUGUGGUCAUAUUGACGCAAUUCUUCUGCAUCGACUGUGGACGUUAUGACUUUCUACAGGAUCUAAAAAGUAUAAAAAUAUGCACACCACUCCGGAAAAUAUUCUGUCCUUCAUUUGACGUCAUACAACACUUUAAUGGUCCACGAGAGGUUGGAAAAGUAAAAAUACAUAUUAGUGGAUUUUACAUCCCAAAAUCGCUCAGUACAUUUUCAUGGGAUUUCUUUCUACUUUUGAAUUGCUGCAGUGAUUUGUUGAAAGUUGUCUGACUAGAUUUUCUUUAUUCAGAGGCUUUCUCCUUCACCUCACCUGUGCAGACCUUUCAUUGAGUAUUAUAAAAUUGCUACCCAAAAAAAGUACACAUACAACAAAAAUGUUGAUUUUUUUUUUUUUUUUUUUUUUUUUUUUUUUUUUUUUUUCUAAAUUGGCGCAAGCGACACAUUGUACAUGUGUAGUCGUACUCGGUCAAUCCAUACAAUGCAAGUACUUGAAUUGGUACAGUAGCUUUGUCUUUCCAUUGAGCUGAUUUAUGAUUAACUUUGAGUUUCAGUUUAAAAACCGCACAUCUAAAAACUUACCGCAGGUUUAGCUACAUUGGUAGCACGUUAACAUACAGAUUGAAGACGACUUUGGUCUUUUGGGAACUUUCUUGAGCUUUUACGGUGUUCCUACUUGAUUACUGUCUUCCAGAUUUAUGUCUAGGUAGAAGUCUUAGGAGCGAGAGAGCAAGAAUUUCCAUAUGUAACAUUUCACCAUUGGGAUUAGCAAGAUACAUUCUGUUUUAUAUUGUACCCAUGACAACAAAUCUCACCAUUAUCACUGAUUACGUGUUGCUUCCUCAAUAGCUCCUGUAAAUGACUUCCUUGACUAUCGUCUGGGAGCAGACACAAUAAUCUCAUUCGCAUUAUGUGAUAACUUGUAUCAUAAGAGUUUUAUUGAAAAAGACAGAAAUGUUAUUUAUGGCAGAAGAUUACUUUUAUUAUUAAUCGUAGCAUAUCCAUGAAAUACUAUUUAAUAACACUUGUGAGUAGUGGAUCAAUUGAUCUUAAUGGGGAAAGCGACACGAUGGUCCUCCACAUUGCUACUUCCCAAAGGCGUUGUUGUGAUUUUUAUCACAUGAAAUAGCGAUAAAGAUGUUGUUUUAAAAAAAAAAAAAAAAAAGAACACUUGAUAUUGAUUAUUGGGGAAGGGGGUCGAUUUCUCAUUCUACAAUUAUAUCACAGCAUGAUUGUGUUUUCCUGUCAGGUGUCCAAAUGCACAGAGUUGCACACGUUUUCCUUUUCUGGGCCCAGUCGAAAUAAUGCAUGAUACCACUGUCGGACCCCAUGUUUGUUCAAUGACUGAUUUCAGUAUCUUUGUCGGGUUCUACCUGUCCGUCAAAUGUAGACUCCCCAGCACAUUUGCUCACUAUGCACUUAAAACUCUUCUUUCUAUUGCCACCCAUUCAAAUCACUAUUGGACCAUGCAUACCUGAGUGACAACUUCGCUCAUGUUGUCAUGUAGGUCUGAUAUAGUACAGGGAUACAAAGGCAUAAAGUACUGAAGAAAGUUCCAUAGCGGAUUUGACAUCGGUCAUAACUUAAACAUCACAAGAUAUUAUUAAUCAUUAAUGUGUCAUGUAAAAAUCCAGUAUUGCUUUACUUCUCUUAACAAGGUCAACUUGUCAAAAGCUCAAAGUGCAGCCUCAGGCAGCAGAGUUUAGUGUUUCAAUUGAGUAAAUUGAUUGUCGUCAUGAGAGAAUUUAGUAGGAAAUCAUACAAAAAAUUUGGAUGCAAAAACUACUUUUUCCCAACUGUGCUAGCAAAACAACCAACAGAGUCCAGGCCUCCACCAAGGCCAAACAACUUUAAACAUGUCGGUCUGUAUUUGUUGAAAAAUCCUGAUGUGCUGCCAAAUAAACAUUCCAAUCUUGUAGGUCGCAUUAUAUACUUGCCACAGUCUUUGUCAACUAUUCUAUAGCAUUUAAAAAAAAAAAAAAAGCCUUUGAAGAGCUUCUACCCUUUGCACGACUACCACAGCUGUAAAUUUAGGGCAGCUGUGACAUAAACCUGCCUGCCUGAAAUGUGGUGUUGCUCAAAUCAAUGUAACAGAAGAAUAAAAUAAGUUUACAAUGUGCUAGUGUACAGUAGAAGAGAGAUGAAUAGAAAAUAAACGUAAGUGCGUAUACUGUAUUGGCAAUUGUUCAAGUUGGGUGUACAAUACAGUCCAGUAUUUAAUUGGAAUUUAUAAUCACCAAAGCUUGUACUUACUUGAUCUUAGGAACCCACCUGAGCCACAAUCAAAUAUUGUGAUUGCAAAAUUAAAUGCCACGCCAAAAUUUUGAUUUGCCUUGGCAUUGGGGUUGGUAAAUACUAGAAAACGACAUUGGUCUGAUGAGGUGACAGACCAUCAAAUGGCACUCAACUUCAACUUGUGGCUUAUUUGCAGUAGAGGAUGGAUGGAUGGAUGGAUGGAUGAUGUAUGGGUGACAUCUUUCAGUUUACAAUGUUACUUCUUGCACAAUAGCCUACUAAAUUCUCAUGAAGACAUAACUGAAACAAAGCACGUACGAAAUAUGGCUGUGGUCUUACAGGGAUACUUUCAAAUAUAAGCUGGCUAAAAAGAUGUUUUUACCAUUUUGCUGUUGAUGAACGUCAGUUGCAGGCUCCAAGUUGCUUUGUUGAUUUUUUUGGUCUCGACUGACAAUCAAGUCAUCUGUGCAAGUGUGCUUGUCAAGUCAAUGCAUGAUAUUCUUCAGGUUCCCUCCUGUUCCUCUGGGGUUGCUUAUCAUAUGGUGAAUUUUUAUUUUGGAGGGUGUUGCAAAAAAAAAAAAAAGCCAAAAACAACACUAUCUCAUGCAUAUGAACAUGAAACGGUUUGCUGUGCUAUUUUCUUUCUUCACGUCACAAGUCGAUCCAGUGAAAUAUAUACAGUGAAUGAUUUCAAAUAGCUACCAACCUCUAGCAGUGCAGUGUAAAACCUUCGAGAGAAUGCAACAUAUUAUUCCUCUUUUGCUUUUGUGUAACUUGGGAAGUAACUUUUUACAACUCAGAAGAAGCACUUUUGAUAAACAGAAUAAAACAAGCAGGGUUGCAUUUGUGAAAUGACAUUUUAGCCAGAAAGGAACAAUCAAUGGAGGGGAAGAUAUAUACAUAAAUAUUAUAUCCAGUUGUACAUCACACACACUAUAUACAAACCAAUGUUAUUUGUGAAUUUAAGUCUAAUUAAAAGUAUGAUCUGUU